AUGCCUGCGUGGUGCCAGCGCGACCAUUGCCGCCGGUACGGCAAGCACAACGGCAUGUGCCUCUACCACGCGCGCGACGUGCAGGCGCUGCGCAGCGCGAGGCCGAGCCUCGACUCGCCUGCGACCACGUCCUCGGACGCCUCCGCGUCGCCGAUUGCGACCGCCCAGCCACAAGCGACAGCCAAGAGCCGCCGCCCGGACGCCCGAUGGAGCGCGAUCUCGCGGAUCCGGUACCACCACACGGGCUGGAUCAAGUGCCUCGUCCCAACGUGCGCGUCCGAGGCAAAGCGCCACUACCCGUUUUGCCCCAUGCACGAACAGUCGACGCUCUGUGUGCACGAGACCACCAAGCAGUAUUUGCAGCCAAAGGAAGCCGCGACAGCAACCAACUCUGAUCUCUCGUGUGUCAAGGAGGAAGCCAUGGCGCCUGUCGCGUCCUAG